AUGACUUCUUCUGCUUCAUCCGCCUCUUCCAAACACAAUGCCGAAUUGCAAGCUGACCAUCCAUGUAAGUGUGACAUGUCAUCGUGUGUGAAGAUUUCAAGAACACCCGAGAAUCCUGGAAAAAAAUUUCGAGUUUGUCAAAACUCUUUGAGUGCAAGAACUCCAAAAUGUAAUUUUUGGGAAUGGCUGGAAGAGGAUGAGUAUGAAGUAGAGAAGAACUGUGAUUUGGGACAAAUCUACAACCUAACAUUGAAGCUUGGAAAUUUGGAAAACAAAAUUAGCAUAUGCAGGAAGAAGUUGGAAGAAGAGAAGAACUAUGAUUUGGUUUUCAGACAAGAACUGGACAAAGUCAAGUGGGAGUUUUUUACUCAUAAAGUUGCAUUAUUUAUGUUAUUUUUCUUGUAUGUUAAAGAUGUAGUUUUUAAAGUUUGA